GCCCAACUAGCGGCCGUGGCCACGUCUCCUUUUUGCUUUUUGCGCGUGAAUUACUGUAGCAGCGCGGAGAUGGGGCGCUCGGGACUCUUUCCCCUCCUCUUGCCUCCGCCAUUGCCUCCUCCCCUCUCCUCUCUCCCGUCUCCUCCCUCUCAACCCUAGCUGCCACCACCCACCCUCUACUGCUCCACCACGCACCCUCCUCCCCUCUGGAUCAGGUGCAGGCCAGCCGGUGCGCGCAGGCGGCAGCGCUCCACUCGAGGGCAAAGGGAGGCAACGGCGGCGGUGGCCGCCGUGGACACCUGCGGCUAUGGUGAGCCCCUGCGCCACCGCCCUCUCUCCUCUCCUCCCCUACUCCCUCACCCAUCUCUCUCCCCCGCAGACGAACCCCGCCGCCAGGAGGCCGCCAUGGAGGCCCGUCCCGAGCUCGCCUGGCCGCUCCUCCGGUGACCCUCGUUGCGCCUGGAUCCGGGCGGAUCCGACGAUUCCCCGACGCGCAGGCGGGCCAGCACGCGGCGCUAGGCGGAGGAGCCCUCCCAUGGCGGUGUCAAUGGUGGUGGGUUUGCCAUAGGAUAUGCACUGGCCAGUGUGCGCAUGCCGGUGUACGCGCACAUGAUGUACCUCAAGAUCUCAGUUCUCACUGUGACCAUAGGCAGAGCAACAGCAAAGGCCUGCCGGUGUGAAUUUCUCAGAAUGGGAAUUGCUACAGUGGCGGCGACGACACAUCAGCAGCGGCGGUGCAGCAGUAUGGUACCCUGCCUCCACCUUGCCACCAGCCUCCUCUACCUCGCAAUGGCGGUGUCUCCGACCUCCAACUCUGGCAUUCAAGACCUGGCAGGGCUGGGUCAACCGGCCCUUCGUGUUCAAGACCCGGCUCUGAUGAGCCUUGGCAGCCGUGCUACCUGCUUGGCAUAUUCAUCCUGAGCUGUGUCCGAAACCAGACCAGUAGGGGCACCCUGAGCGAGCACUCGAGGCAUGCUGUCAAGUUGGACGAGUGCAACCAGGCCAGCUACAAUGUGUGUCCACGGUUCAUACAGCAAUGUGUUCGCUCAUCUUUGGCCAGAACAAGCACUACAAGAGGAACCCCCCCUACAUAUUUUUCAUUCCAUGAUAGAUGGUUACAUUGUUGUAUGUUGGUUAAAGACAAUGUUUUUCUUCUCAAAUUAUGAAACCUCAAACAACACUAAGAUAUAACCGUUUUGUUCGUUUUGCAAUCAAAGCUUCCAUCGAAUAAUGUUUUAGAAUUGUGCUCCGUCUUAUUCAUAAAGUGUGGCUAUUUUGUAGAUUCAUACAAGAUACGGCUUUGUGUGCAUUGAAAUAGCAACAAGUUGGCCUCUC